ACCAAACCACGAUUUCUAGGCAUUAUUCCACGAAUUAGGAGUGACGCGGCUGGGGACGCGGCUUUAUUCUACACGCGCCGCGUCGGCUUGGCUCGGCUCGGCUCGGCUCGGCUCGGCGUGGCUCGAUUUGGCUCGGCUCGGUUCGGCUCGGCCCCCGCUUCCCGUGCGCGCUCACCGCCCUUUCUUGCCCAGCAUCCUACCCAACCCCACACAUUCUACCCUUUCCCUUCUGCUUCACAACUGAACGAGGGGUCCUCGGCUCUCUAAUCGUCCCUCCCGUGAUCUUCUAGACCAGUGGCCGUACAAUUGAGUACGUCUGACCAACAGGAGCAGCGACGGUACAGUUAAUGCGUUGCCUCCGUCCGACUCGGAGUGCAGGGGAAUUUCAGCAUGCUGUAUUGACUUCGCCUCAAAGCCAGACUCAGAAAAGCAAUGGUUCGUGUUCGACUCUUUGAUCCAGCGAGCGCCUUUCGAGCUCCACCCCGAUUUAGCGUGGAAAAGGGAAGGGGAGAUAUGAGGAGUUGUGGCCGUCCUGUUGUCAGCAGCUACGAUAGUAUGUUUACAAGUAGACUCGACAACAGACGUCCGUUUGUAGUUGCAGGAGUAAACUUUUGAGUCGACUCAAAAGCGGCUACGACAUCGACUCAACAACAGACUUCUGUUGGUAGUUCGUGGAGUAAAUUGACAGUGGGACUACUGUGUAAAUUGACAUCUACUACGACUUCUAAGAGCUCGUUUCGCUGCUAGCGAACCUCUGCUUACUAGUGAUAUUGACUUAAAAACCUCUCCGGUGGAAACGCCAUUACUAGCACCGUAGCACGAAGGACUCGCACCGUAGCACGAAGCACCGUUUGACGAUGCCGCAUGCUCCGCGAAACGUUGACGCGUCUUUAUUCGCGACCUCCGUUGCACGUCGAGGCGCCAUGGGUUCGGGUCUCGGAGGCGCGUGCUCGGCAGAGGAGAUUAAGGCGAGGCGCAGAACCCAGCAUAGGUCAGAUAGCGGUCCGGCUCUAUCAGCGGCACUAGAAGACUGUGUAACGCGGCGGCAGCGUAGCCUAGGGUCAGAAAGUAGCAACUACGCGACAGCGUUGAAACCAACGGCUACUACGUCAGCUGCCCACGGGCCGCCUCGGCUCCGGGCGUCGCUGGAUGCGGCACGUCCCUCGACUGACGCAGCGCGACCCUCGUUAGAGGGCCUUCCGCUAGAGCCGUCACUAGAAGCACAAGAACAAGAACCUUCGAUACAGUCACAAGCUGCUGCGUUUGAGUUGAGUCAACGCCGGUCACCAGAGAUGGCCUUUGACUCGAGUCAACGGACAGACGAGACGACGAGUCGGCGCAGACACAGAGAGGCACGCUGCUCGUAUUCGCAUCCACGUCAGCGUCCACGUCAGCAGCAUACCCAACAACAUCCACGUCAGCAUCUACGGCGGCAGCCAGGUCAACAUCCACGUCAGCAGGAGUCUCAUCGGUCACAUCACCAUCCCCAUCCCCAUCGCUCUACUACUCCCAAUCAUCCUCAAGCAUCCCUCCGCUCUCUCCGCUCCCACCUCUUCUUCCCCUCCCCUCCAUCCCUCCUCUCCCUCGUCUCCCGCCUUUCCCUCGUCCUCCUCCUCUUCGUGGCCACAUCUCUCUCAAUCUCCUGCCGGCCCGUCGGUGCCACGCGCCCUGAUCCAAUAGGGGCGUCGAAUGCGGCUCAGGGGCUAAUAGGAGCAGUGCAGAGCCCAACGCCAAGUGCGGCGCAGGGAUUGCUGGGGGCAGUGCAGAGCCCAGCGUCGAGUGCGGCUCACGGGCUAAUGGGCGCAGUGCACUCCCCGGCUUCAGCUCGAGGGUUGAGUGCGGCUCAGGGGCUAAUAGGAGCAGUGCAGAGCCCAAUGCUAAGUGCGGCUCACGGGCUAAUAGGGGCGGUGCAGAACCCAGCGUCGAGUGCGGCUCACGGGCUAAUAGGGGCGGUGCAGAACCCAGCGUCGAGUGCGGCUCACGGGCUAAUAGGGGCGGUGCAGAACCCAGCGUCGAGUGCGGCUCACGGGCUAAUAGGGGCGGUGCAGAACCCAGCGUCGAGUGCGGCUCACGGGCUAAUAGGGGCGGUGCAGAACCCAGCGUCGAGUGCGGCUCACGGGCUAAUAGGGGCGGUGCAGAGGCCGGCUUCAGUAGGAAUGUUGAGUUCGGCUCAAGGGGUUUUCAGAGCGGUGCAGAGGCCGACUGCAGUGGGAGCGGCGAGCGCGGCUCACGCGCUUACGCUGCUGCCUUUGUCGUGCUUCGUGGCUCGCCUGAAGUGUGACUUCGCCUUCAACAAUUCUCUCGGCCUCGUGCCACUCGCCCUGCUCGUCUCCAUGGUACCCAACGUCCCGUUCACCCAGGGCGUGCUGCACACCAGGAAAGGGGCGCCAGUGCUAGCAGGCAAGCUGAAACCAGACUGCAAAGCCGUCAACUUCCUUAAUAUGAAAAUCCGCAAGUGCCCAGCAUUCAUGGUCGUGCCUCCUUCCUCCAAAUUCAACCCAGGGACUCCCAACAUACUGCCCUGCCCUGCCAUCCGCCUUGCCACAACCACCUACAACCUGAAGCGCUUCCCUGUGAGUGUGAAGUGAAUCCCAGUGUGAAUCCCAGUUUAGUGUGAAUCCCAGUUUAGUGUGAAUCCCAGUUUAGUGUGAAUCCCAGUUUAGUGUGAAUCCCAGUUUAGUGUGAAUCCCAGUUUAGUGUGAAUCCCAGUUUAGUAUCUACAGCGGUGCGUGCUUCACGGUGCAUUUCUCUCAAUUAACCAUCAAGAUUGGCAGCGGGCCCAAGGGCAUGGUGCGGCUAUCCCCGAAAGACGGCAACACCCAGUUCCCUGAGGCUAGAAGGUGUCUGGUCUUUCGUACACUAUAGAUUACUCUAUUUUGACAUAGUGGUAGCAUUAAUUACAAUGUGUUCAAGAGUGAAAAAUAGACGCAACCUCUUGUUGCGCAUAGUAAGCUCAGUUUUUAGAUCAAUUGUAUUUGCGCUUACUCCGCUUCUUUUGUAAGGCUCGUUGGCUCUUGCUGAUCAUGUACAUACUGUCAACUUAUACAUAUGCUGUAUGUAGAAGUUAUAGGCUAGCCUAGGUGUGCUUCUAGUGAGUACAACCCCAACAGGUACAUGUUCUAGGUUUCUCACACUAGUCCAUUA